AAGAAGGUGGUGAUUGGCCGGAUGCUUGCUCGUGGGCUGGUGGCAAAUCUAACAAAUCCUAUUGCUUUGGUUCUAAGCUCUAUCUGGAUACCUUUAAGAAAAGCAGCAUUUAUUAUGUACUAAAGUAAAUACUCUGUAUUCUUAGAGUAGGGGUUGGAGCGCUUCUAUCAAGGACCUGUUCACUCAGUUUCCCCAAAGCUGUCUCCACAUCGUCUAGCGCAACUGCACAUCAUGACAGACGUUCCCGGGACAUUCGGUCAGGCUGAGUGCAACGGGGAUACACCACCUGAAAACGGUCAACAACCAAUCCCUAAAACAAACGAGGGAGCCAGUGAUGUGGAUGGCACCCCACCAUACUACCGGGUCGAACGCCAUCUUGAAGACCUACCCACAGAAGGAAAUCAGGAGAAAAAUGAAAAAUUACAAGGGAAUAGGCUUGUCAGCUGGUCCACCGAUGGGGAGCUUCUCAAAGAAAAACCAGAAGAGAAUCUUUUUAUUGUUCAUAAGGCUGUGGCAGAUCUUUCUCUCCAGGAAACGAGUCGUGAUGAAAUGACAUUCAGAGGAGGGUAUCAAUGGAAGAAGAUUCCUCUGAGCGUCAGUAACCAGGAAAUAAGUAGACAGGAAAGGAUUGCUGAACAAUCUCUAGAAGAGAAAGGAGAGGAGGACGGGAAGAACAAAGCUCAUCAAGCAACUGAAAUUGAAUGGUUGGGAUAUCGGAAACCUAGCCAAGUCGAUGUGUUGCAUUCUAAACAUGAGGAGGAGCAAGAGGUUUGGGAUGAAGAAAUUAAUAACGAUGAUGAUGAUGGUUGCAAUGAUGACGAAGAUGAAGUUCGAGUGAUAGAAUUUCAGAAAAAAAAUGUUGAAGAUUCCCAAUUAAAAGAGGAAGGAAAUGCAAAUGAGGACUCCCCACUGAGCAGCCCUAGUUCCCAACCUGUGACACCUGAUGAGCAGCCACCCUUUGGGAAGAAGAGUGAUAUCUCCAGAAAUGCUUAUUCAAGAUACAAUACAAUAUCCUAUCGGAAAAUCAGGAAGGGGAACACCAAACAAAGAAUUGAUGAAUUCGAGUCAAUGAUGCAUUUAUAAACUAAAUGGAACUGAGAAGUUCUUGUGCCCACUAAAGCAAAAGCUAAUUCUAUUUUCCUGAGAUGCGUCUUUGCCUGCCUUAUUUGAGUCAUCCCCUUUAAAGAUGUGAGAGGUUAACCCCUGCUUCACUGUAGAAUAAUAUGGAAAUAACCCUAGACAAAAUUCAGUCUGGUAACCUCAAUCAAAACGCUUUAGAUUCAUUCUUGGGCAUUUGCUUUUUAAAACUUUACUAAUAUAGCCUCAUGUGGUAAGCACUAGAUAGCAAAUAGCAAGCACUCUUGGAGACUGUGGCAUGAUUUGGCUUUAAAAGUAGCAACACUGGA